AUGAUCGGAAACUUUAGACAAUAUUGCAUGCUGGAUGGAGGAGAAUUUGGAAAUAUUUAUAAAGGAUAUAUUACACAAGAUUUGAGGGAGGGAUUCCAACCAAUUACAGUUGUUGUUAAGAUUCAUGAUGGAAAUAAUAGUUAUCAGGGCCAUAGAGAAUGGCUGCUUUCGCACCUAAAUUUGGUAAAGUUGAUCAAUUACUGCUGUGAAGCUGAUCAUCAAGUUCUUAUAUGCGAGUAUAUGGCUCAGGAAAGAAUAGGCACCAAACGUGUGCAGACCUUGCGCAUCGAUACGAUUGAUAAAUCUUCAUCAACAUGGAGAGCGACUGAUAUUCUGGUCUUAAAAACUGCUCAUUGGUGGAAUCACCAUAAAACUAAAGCAGGCCAUUUGACUCCUAAGAGUGAUGUUUAUUGUUUUGAUCGUAUUCUUCUCGAGCUUCUCACAGGAAGAAAAUCACUUGACAAAUCUAGACCAGCCCAACAACAGGACCUUCACAAAACUGCAAUGCCUUUACCUGUGAACUCUGUUGAAGAAUGA